AUGGCACACGCCGACAAGCAAGCAGGAUUCGAGAAGCUUUGGGAUCAAAUGGAGAUGCUCGCGAAGUCUAGGGACAAGACAGACAAGAAGCGUUCCCGUGGCAUUGCAGAAGAUCUCGUCGACGACUACAGCGAGCUCCCACGAUCUUACCACAUUCGCGCUUACAUGGCACUGGCCUCGCUUUUGUGUGCUCGGGAUUCCCUUCGUGAGGUCGCAGAGUACCACGCAGAGAUCCAGACCGAGGCCCGGGCCGAGCUACGCGCUAAAAUACUGGCUGAGCUCCAGGCUGAACUCCGAACCAUCAGAGAAGCAUACAAGAACAAGGCAAUGCAGGAUUGCAUCGUCGUUGAAGGAGACGAAGCCGUCGAGAACACCCAAGUAUCCUCACUCACAGCCACGACUCAACUCGGGCCUGGCAGUCAGGAAGAGCUUAUCGACCUAACUCUCGACGAUGGCUCCAUUUUUUCCAACAACAACAACACCAGCUACAGCGAGCUUAUCGACCUGACUCUCGACGACGACUGUGUCCCUUCCAACAACUCAGGCGACGAGUCUUCGGUCAACUUCGACAGUGGUGUCGAGGAAGGAACAGACAUCUUGUCGACACAGUUCUCCUCACCCCCAAGAUCGAAUGUAUCACUCUCUAUGCAUCCCAGAACGAGGGUCGAGCUAAUAGUAUUCUCAGUGCCCCUCUUCGUACAUCCACCAAUAGUGCUGCUCAUUCCAACACCGACAGCAAUAUCGUAG